UUUAUUACCAUGCCGGUAAUGUUUGGUUAAAUACUGGAAGUUUUAUCAACGAAAAUGUUGAGGAACACCAACACACGUUAACUUUUGUUGAAAAAUAUUUGAAGGUUUAUAAAAAAUUGAAUCUUCGUGUUCAUGCAUAUUUUGGCGAUUUAUUGAAUUUUUUACUUUUUUCUGGUUGGAAAAUUAAACAAGUUGUGUUUCCGUAUGGACCCGGAAAUUUAAAUGUUGAUUUGCACAAUUUACUUGUUUAUCAUGCAGAAAUGUCCAAAAAUUGUCUUCAAAUAAUUCCAAAAAUUUGUUUUGACAAUGCUAACGAUUUUCCAUGGCCAGAUUUAUGUACCAAAACAAAAAUUGUGGAAGAAGGGAAUGUAGAAGGAGGUUUAUAUUUUACAAAAUACAAAGUAGAGAAUCGUUAUUAUUCUUCUGUUUAUUUUUUAAUUAAAAUUUGUCAUUUAUUUGAGGCUCAGGAAUUUAAGAGUUUUGAAAUUGAGAGAAUAAAGUAUUAA